UCGUAUGUGUCUAAGGACUACAGUCAUCAAUAACAGUAUCGUGUGGAAGCUUCAAUUUAGCUAUUAGUUUUUAUCUGUGAUUGACAAGGGAUCAAUAUUUAUCAGGUAAAAAGUCAUGUUACGCUUUGUUUCAGUGGUGUUAUGUUUAGUAUCGGUAGUAUUCUGUGUGCCAGUUCCUCAGCAGCCAGCUCAAACUGGGCAAAUACCGCCCGCUCAACAUACUAAUCAGCUAGGUCAAGAAGGGCACCGUCAGUCUAUUCAACCGUCUAACCAAAACGAGCAAUCUCAUCCAACCCAACCAAUUCAAGUAGGGCGUCCUCAAUCUAUUCAAGAACCCAAUCAACGGCAAAAUGAACAAAAGCAGGCAGUUGAACAUUUCACCUCUAGUCUGGUGGAAAAUCCACACAUUCGGGAAAGAUAUUUAAACUGCUUUUUAGAAAACGGACCUUGCAGUCCCGAUGCAAGGAACGUCAAGGCAGAAAUGAUUCCAGAAGCGCUUGAAAAUGAGUGUAAACUGUGUAAUGAUAUCCAAAAAAAAAUCAUUGAAAAAAUGAUGUGCUUUCUGAAUAAUCAUCAACCAGAAAUAUUACAGAAAGUGACCGCUAAGUUUGAUCCCCAAGGAGAAUACAUGAAACAGUAUAUAAACGCUUUAGAGAAAAAACAAAAUGAAGAGGUUCAAAAGCAGUUACAAUCAGCUGGAGAAACGACUUUAUUGUUACAGACGACAACUAAAAAACCUUGAACGCUGGUGACGCCAGGAAAACUUGAAUAACUCUGUCAACGUUAAGACUUAUAAACAAUCACAUACCAGUAUGUUACAUAAAGUGGGCGUAUGUAGAUGUAUGUUAGGUUUAAAUUAUUGUCCUAUUUUAUUUAUAUUAUUAUAAAUUCUUAUCAUAAUAAAACGUUUUAUAUAUGUGCUGUUUUAUCAAAUAUUUUGUAGCAAAUUAUAAAUUUUUGUACUUAAAUUUAUAUGCUUGAUAAAAAAAAAAUAUAUUUAUUGGUAAUAAUUUACACGGAUCGGAUGAGUACUAUCAAUAUGAGAUUCAUGGACAUUAUUUAAUAACAAAAACAACAAAUUUGACUCAUGAAUUUAGAUUGAAACGCAGUGAUUUCGGGUAUUCGAUUAUCAAUUAGCUGGAAUCGUGCUGAUGAAUGUACUUAUAAUUAAAAUAGGUAUAAUAAAUUAUGUAGAAGGUAUGGUUUCAGUGUAAAAUAAAAAUAACACCUUAUGCUUACUCAUUUGUAUAGUAAGAGUAAUAAUUCGAAAAAAACAGAUUACUACCUUAACAUAUGACAAAUCUAUAUUGAUGGGAGCGAAUGACGUAUGAACGAUUAAAUAUUGUAUGCAAUGAUAGGGUAUUAUUAUUGUUUAUAUUGAUAUAUGUUCGUGUUUUAUGUUUGUAUCUAAAAAAAAUAUUUUUAACGCAAGUUAUUUAUGGCUAUAGUAAUCAUGUUAUAAAAUAUUCGAUAAUUCUAUAGACUCUUUUCUAUAUAAACUUGUAAGAACUAUACAUUAUAUGACUUUAAUUAUCCAAUGACGCAGCAAGUUAUUCUUUAGACAGCUUUUGUUGUUGAUACUGACAUCAUACAAGACAUCAUCAGAGGAUAGUUCCGUAGUUUAUAAUUAAGCUACCCGAAAAAUUAGUAAAAUUAUAUGCAUUUUAUAUAAAUUUUUUUUUUAGUAAGAGGAAAUUAAUUUUUUUUUUAAUUCGCUAUCCUAUUUAUGCCUAUUUAUGUAUAACAAAUUUAAAUAUUUGAUGAUUUUUUAGUGUAUAAAUUAUAAACAAAAUGUAUAAUAAAAUAGUAAUUAGAGCAUAUAAACUCAAUUCUUAUUUUACUUUAAGUAUUUAUGCAGGGUCCUUGCUAAUAAAAAGUACGGUUUAGGGAAGUAUUUUGACGUUCUAACAAUUUCUAGUUUUAAAAAUGAGAAGGUAUUAAUCUGACUAUGUUACUUGAGAACAUUAAGGGAGGGCCAAAAUGAGCAUUUGCAUCGGGCAGAAAUUUUAUAGAAGUGGUAAUUUUUUCAAAAGUCGAAUAAAUCUUUGAAGUCGAGAAUUAUUUUUUUUUAAAUUUAUUUUAACGAAUACUAUUACCCAAAUAUAA